AUGGCAGACGCAUCGCCGGGCGCUCUGGUAGCGCUGGGCAUCAUCGUCGGCCUCCUCUCGACAUGCGUGCAGUCCGUCGGCCUCACGCUGCAGCGCAAGUCGCACAUGGAAGAGGACGAGAAAGAGGACUACCUGCCGCGACGUCCGCCGUACCGACGCAGACGAUGGCAAGUCGGCAUGUUCCUGUUCCUGAUCGCCAACAUUAUUGGCAGCUCGAUCCAAAUCACCACCCUCCCGCUUCCGCUGCUGAGCACCUUACAGGCCAGUGGACUGGUCUUUAACUCGCUGCUCGCGAGUCUGCUAUUGAAAGAGCCUUGGACAUGGCGGACGGGAUACGGGACGGUAUUGGUUGCGGCCGGCGCGGUGUUGAUCAGCUUCUUCUCGGCCCUGCCAGAGCCGAGUCACAGCCUCUCACAAUUAUUGGAGCUGCUACAUACACGUGGCUUCCUGCUCUGGUUCAUCUUAUCUCUGGUCUUCGUACUCGGCGUCUUGGUUACGGAUUUCUGUCUACGGAAGUGCAUAGCGCCGCACCGAAGGGACAGCGCGCGGAUACGCUUGGUUAGAGGCAUGAGCUAUGGCAUGGUCUCCGGCAUACUCUCAGCGCAUGCUCUGCUGCUGGCGAAGAGCGCUGUUGAGCUCAUCGUUCGCAGCAUCGCGGACAAGGUCAACCAGUUCAGCGGAUACCAGUCUUGGCUACUGCUUGUCGCAUUCUUGGUUCUGGCGCUGUCGCAGCUCUACUACCUACAUCUGGGCCUCAAGCUUAUAUCAACAAGCGUUCUUUAUCCCUUCGUGUUCUGCAUAUACAACAUUGUGGCUAUCCUCGACGGCUUAAUCUACUUCCGCCAAAUGGAUCGCCUUCCUGUCUUGCACGCAUGCCUCAUUGCAUUGGGCACAGUCGUAUUGCUCACUGGCGUGCUUGCGCUUAGCUGGCGCCUCGAAGAUCACGAGGAGGACGCCGACCAGCCGCACAUGGCCCAAGCCGAUAUUCCGCAAACCCUCCUCACGCCUGGACUGGGCUUUGCAGGAGAUCCAGAUGACGAUACCAACGAGUCCGCCAUUCCGUCCGACGACGAAUUUGAGAGCGAAGCCGAGUCAAGUGCACUGCUCGGCAAGAGUCGCGGCCACGCCCGAAGCACCACUUCGAUGUCGGCCCAUGGCCGCCGCAAACGUGCGCACACGCUGAAAGAUCUCAGUCAGAUCUGGAAGGAACUUGGUGACGAUGCUGAGGGUGCGUAUGGCACCUUCCAAUCUGAUGAGCACGCCGCAUCACCCCCAAAGAACGGAAGGCCGGUGAGCGCCGGGCAUCAGCGACAGCGACAAAGGCGACGGUCAAGCGGUGGUAGGAAUCUCGAGGAUGGCGUUCCGGACAACAUCGGCGCCCUGAAGCGGGCGAAAACUGUGCCCUCGCAGCGUAAGGGCAGGAGUGUGAGCGGGGGCGCGCUCUUUUCGGAUCUGUUGAAGAGAGAGUGGUGGCGAGGCAAGAGGAAGGAGGAAGGUGAACUUGAGGAUGAUGACGAGGAGGAUGGCGACGAUGAAGCUGGUCCAUCUUCCAGCAGAGGUCAUGAUGGCAGGGAGGAGAGGAGAUAG